CGUUCACCGAACGGGGGCAAAUGAGGAAACGGGGAACUCGUACGAGUCCGGAAUCGGUUGGAUCACGAGGUGGCACGAGCACGGGCCACGGCCGCGGUUCUAGUAACAUGGGGUGGGCUCACGUGAACGGCUCACGGUCGCUCCAUCAUCGGCGGCUCCGUCGGAAACCGAGUCGCUCCUCGACGGAGCCGCGUUCGGCGCCAUUGCGACGUAACCGACGCACUCCGACUUACGGUUUGACCGUUCGCGAAUCACCGCGACGAUCCGCUGUCUCGGUUCGCGAAACGCCCGCGGUGUACCCUCUUCUACCUACGACGGUGCUUUCUUGCCCUUCGCCGCUCGCUCGCAACCACCGAACGUUCGCUUCGCACCAAUCGAAACGAUUUUCCUUUUUCCGAUCGUUUUCCACCUUCGGAUCGCCCUUUUCGAAUCCACGUCCAGCUAACACGGGAGGAGACUACGAAGCUCACCGACUGUCCCUUUACUCCCCCAGUACCUCCACCCUACGCGGACUCAUGCACCACCACCACCACCACCACCACCAUCGUUACUAUCACCGUCACUGCCACCGAUAUUUCACUAGAAUCGCUAGAAACUGGUCCGAGGACCGGAUCGAUUCGAACGAAACAUCCGCCAGGCUUGGAUUUUCUUUUCGUUUCGACGGAUAGUCGAUUUAUCCAGCCGUGUGUGGUCAACGAUUUGGCCCCUGUCGUUCGCGGAUGACGGAGCUGACGACGAACCGCGGCGCUCCUAGUUCGAUUACGUGUUACACGGGCACCAACAGAGGGGUGAUGGUACCAGUCUCGUCCACGGUGAUUCCUCUCCCCGUCUACAAAAUGGAAUAUGGUUUGGGAUUCAUAUCGAAAGAUAAGAAGGCUCAGUCGUCCUUGAAGCCGGAGGGUGGAUUAAAAUUGAUAACAAUUAAGAAGAGCCAAGAGAAGAAAACGUAAAGGUACGAAAUAUACGUACUGGUUCCAGAUUGGCUUUAUUCGUAUCGUAGUCUGUCAUCGAUGAAGCGGUAUAUAUUCAUUAACAUCGUACGGUGAUGUAUAUAUAUAUACAUAUAAUGUCGAAGUUAUAGAUUGUAAGCAAAUCUCGGAUUUAUUUUAAAUGUACGACAGAUUUCAAAAGUUGCGUUUCACGCAGUAACAGAGAAUUUACGCCAAAAACUAAUUUACCUCGACGAUUAAUGUUAGAGUUAAUUACCUCUGUCGUUAUGAAUUUAUUAAUAAUCGUAAGAAAAAUCAAACGCUGUAAGACCAAACUGUAGCGAGUAUGAAGACAGAAUUUGUUAAGUUUUUAUAUUUAAUUUGAACUAUAGUACGUCGUUUCUGCUAUUAUAAUGUUUAUACAUUACAUUUAUGUAUAUCUGCCCAACAUUUUGAAGAAAUAUUGAAAAGAAUUAAUAAGUAGAAAAUUAUAAACUUUAUUGAACAACA